CAAGUUCACUUGUGCCUUCCUACCUUAGCUCCUGCUUAUACUGGUUUCCAGGUUCCUGGAGUGGAAGGACUUGUUGUAAGAAUUGUGUCAUCAGUGGACAAAAAGUUAGAAGUGAAACCACGAUUUCUUGAGAUAUUUCAGGAAGAGAACUAUCCGCUGGAGUUUCCAUAUAAAUCAAAGGUGUUAUUGUUAUUUCAGAGAAUUGAAGGUGUAGAAGUGUGCCUCUUUGGCAUGUAUGUUCAGGAAUUUGGAUCUGAAUGCCUACAGCCAAAUCAUCGCCGUGUUUAUCUCUCGUAUCUAGAUUCUGUUAAAUAUUUCAGGCCAGAGAUCAGAGCAGUGACUGGAGAGGCUCUCCGCACAUUUGUGUACCAUGAAAUUUUGAUUGGAUAUCUAGAAUAUUGCAAAAAGCGUGGUUUCACGAGUUGUUAUAUUUGGGCGUGUCCUCCAUUGAAAGGUGAAGAUUAUAUAUUAUAUUGCCACCCCGAAAUUCAGAAGACCCCAAAAUCUGACAAACUCAGAGAGUGGUAUUUAUCAAUGCUAAGAAAAGCUAAGAAGGAAAAUAUAGUUGUUGAUCUCACUAAUUUAUACGACCAUUUCUUUAUAUCCACGGGAGAAUGUAAGGCUAAAGUUACUGCAGCUCGUCUGCCUUAUUUUGAUGGGGACUAUUGGCCUGGUGCUGCAGAGGAUAUGAUUUAUCAACUUCAGCAAGAAGAGGAUGGGAGAAAGCAGCAUAAGAAGGGAACUAUAAAGAAGACCAUAACAAAAAGAGCUCUAAAAGCAUCUGGUCAAUCUGACUUGUCUGGGAAUGUAUCUAAGGAUCUGCUUCUAAUGCACAAACUCGGUGAGACAAUUUCUCCAAUGAAGGAGGAUUUUAUUAUGGUUCAUUUACAGCACGCAUGUACCCAUUGCUGCAUACUAAUGGUAUCUGGAAAUCGUUGGGAGUGCAAGCAAUGCAAGAACUUUCAGCUCUGUGACAAGUAUGGAUCUCAUCUCUCUAUAUGCUUAGAGUUGUAAAAGUUCUCUGGUUGUUUAUGCUCGUUGCAACCUUGAAUGUGGAUUGGUUAAAAGUUUACUCAGUUGUAGAUCAUGUACUGUUUUGUUUUUCCUCCACACACACACCGAAUGAAUUUAAGUCUUAGUUUAAUGCCAACUGCAUCCUUGAUUUGGUGAAAGGGAUCUGCAAUUACCAAGUGUUUCUUUAUUAGUUUAAGUAUUUUAUGCAAUCUCAGAGCCAACCAGAGAGAUCAUGUGAAGAAAGGUAUUACGUCUAUACGAGGCUAGAAAAGACACUGUAUAACGUUCAAAGCAGGAAUCAAAACAUAAAGGAAGGCAGAGGCCUUAAAUUUUUUAAAGCAACUAGCUUUUUCUGUCAUUCCUCUGUUACUCCAGAAAUGGAGUUGUGUGCUGCACGUUUUUCAAUUUUAAGUUUGAACCCCGAGCACAAAUUUUCUGGAAAUGUAGCUGUGCACUGCGCAUUCCCAGAUUCUCUAUGUCUUCUCAUUUACGAGGCUUGAACUUCUACUGUCUGCAGUACAACUCAUUGAAUGACACACCUCCACUUUGUCAUCACUGGUGUGUUUCACCAGUACAGGUGAGUUGGGAAAUGUAGUGUCAUUUGGUGGUGGUUGUGCCAUUUUGCCUCUUUGUGAGCAUGAAUUAGAUAGAUCUCCUUCUCAACUAUCCAUCUUGCUGGCAGAGAAACAAAGAACCCCCUGGCGGGGUUGCUGUCUAGGUGGGAGAUCUUUAUGGAGCAAUUUUUGGUUCCGGUGGGGAGACCUUAUCUCUCCCCCUCCCCCCCAAAACCCCCUUUAUUUUCCCUUUGUGGUGACUGGUGAAAACUAGGUAUAUUUAAUAUAUUAUUGAUUGAAGUGUCUAAAAAUUUUUAUGCUGUGAAGGUCGAGGUUAUAGAAUAAAGUUGUUCAAUAAGAGCAUCUUUAAAGACCCAAAUAAUGUGAAAAGUAUAUGAUGUGAAGAAGCUCAGUUUUUUGCUGCACCCUUCCCUGGGUAGGUUUAGCUCAAAUGGGUCCCUAGUUUUUUCAUUAUUUUUUUUAUAGCUGACAAAGAGAUGACAUAUUGAUAAAUAAAUUAAUCUUAGGAAUUUC